CACCCACAUCAUAGCACUCCUCCCCCUUGCUCUGUUUUUUCUCUAGCAUUCAUUCCCUGUCUCUCCAAUGGCGAAGUACUAUCUUCAUCUCUCAAAAUCCAUACUCAUUAACUCUUCAUUCCGUUGAGAGGCUCCAUCCAUAUAUAUUCUGCAAAUCUCCAUUUCCUUUCUCAUUCCGUUCACUAUGCAAAAAAAGAGCUACGAAAUAAAAAUGCCUCUCCUUUUCCUCUCCUUUCUCUUGUUCACCUUUUCUUCACCUUCCCUCUCUCUCAACCAAGAUGGUCUUUACCUUCUCCAAGUCAAAGCUUCCCUUUCGGACCCUGACUCCGCCCUUUCCUCAUGGAACCCUCGUGACCCGACCCCGUGUUAUUGGUACGGCGUUUCAUGCGACUCUGCCACCGGCUCCGUCACUUCCCUUGACCUCUCCAACGCCAACAUCGGCGGCCCUUUCCCCACACUCCUUUGCCGUCUCCAAAACCUUUCCUUCAUUAACCUGUUCUACAACAACAUCAAUGACACCAUCCCUUCAGAUAUCUCCACGUGUCCAAAUCUCGUCCACCUUGAUCUCUCCCAGAACCUACUCACUGGUGAACUCCCCCACACUUUGGCUGACCUUCCUAACCUUAAGUACCUCGAUUUAACUGGUAACAAUAUAUCGGGAGAUUUUCCCCUUUCAUUCGGGAGAUUCCAGAAGCUUGAGGUUUUGUCUCUGGUUUACAACCUUCUAGACGGUACAAUCCCAGCCUUUUUAGGCAACAUUAGUACGCUGAAAAUGCUCAAUUUAUCGUACAACCCGUUUAGUCCGGGUCGGAUCCCUCCGGAGCUUGGCAACUUAACGAACUUGGAGAUUUUGUGGCUCACGGAAUGUAAUUUAGUCGGAGAGAUUCCUGAUUCGCUGGGUCGGCUCGAGAAACUCACCGAUUUGGAUCUCGCCCUAAACAACUUGGUGGGGAAUAUCCCGGGUUCUCUUACCGAGUUGGUUAGUGUCGUCCAGAUUGAGCUCUACAACAACUCCUUGACCGGCGUGUUACCUUCUGGUUUAUCGAAUUUGACCAAACUGAGACUAUUCGACGCGUCGAUGAACCAGCUAACAGGGACGAUUCCGGACGAGUUGACACAGCUGCCACUUGAAAGUCUCAACCUAUACGAGAACAACUUUGAAGGGGCUUUACCAUCGAGUAUCGCCGACUCCCCAGCUCUGUACGAACUCAGGCUCUUUGAGAACCGACUCACUGGGGAGUUACCCGUGAACCUCGGUAAAAACUCGCCUCUAAGAUGGCUUGACGUCUCCAGCAACCUAUUCACCGGCCCUAUUCCGCCUAGUUUAUGCGAGAAAGGGAACCUAGAGGAGCUUCUAAUGAUAUACAACUCGUUCUCGGGUCAUGUACCGUCGAAUUUAGCAGAGUGUCGGAGCCUGAACCGGAUCCGACUCGGGCACAACAAAUUAUCUGGUGAAAUUCCUGAGGGGUUCUGGGGUCUCCCUCACGUGUACUUACUUGAGCUUGUUAAUAACUCGUUCUCUGGCCAAAUUGGGAAAUCAAUUGCCAAGGCAGCGAAUUUGUCUCUUUUGAUCAUAUCUAGGAACGAGUUCAAUGGCUCAUUGCCAGAAGAAAUUGGUCUAGUUGACAGUUUAGUUCAACUUUCAGCUAGUAACAAUAAGUUUAGUGGGCCGUUACCUAAAAGCAUAGUGAAACUUGAUGGACUAGGGAUUCUCGAUCUUCAUGGGAAUGAGUUGGAAGGCGGGUUGCCUAGUGGGAUUGAGUCUUUGAAGAAGUUAAACGAGUUUAAUUUAGCUAAAAAUGAGUUUUCAGGAAAGAUUCCUGAUGGAAUAGGGAGUUUGUCAGUGUUAAACUAUCUUGAUUUGUCGAACAAUCAGUUAACUGGGGGAGUUCCUUUUAGUUUGCAGCAUUUGAAGCUUAACCAGCUUAAUUUGUCAAAUAACUUGUUAUCUGGCGAGCUACCGCCUUUGUUCGACAAAGAGUUGUACAAAAAUAGCUUCAAAGGGAAUCCUGGUUUGUGCGGGCAUAUCAGUGGUUUGUGUGUUGGAAGGGAUGCAGAUAAGCAUAAAGGUUAUGUUUGGUUGCUUGGAUCCAUUUUUGUCUUAGCUGCUCUGGUGCUUGUUGUUGGUGUUGUUUGGUUUUACUUGAAGUACAGGAGUUAUAAAAAAGCUAGGGCAAUCGAUAAGUCCAAGUGGACUUUGAUGUCUUUUCAUAAGUUGGGUUUUAGUGAAUAUGAGAUUUUGGAUUGUCUUGAUGAGGAUAAUGUGAUAGGGAGAGGAUCGUCGGGGAAAGUUUACAAGGUGGUACUUAGUAAUGGAGAGGCUGUUGCCGUGAAGAAGCUCUGGAGAGGCGUGAAAAAGGGUUGCGGGAGUAUAGAUAUUGAGAGAGGUCAGGCUCAGGCUCCAGCUCACGAUGAUGGGUUUCAAGCUGAGGUCGAGACUUUGGGGAAAAUUAGGCACAAGAAUAUUGUCAAGUUGUGGUGCUCCUGUACUACUAGGGAUUGCAAGCUUUUGGUUUAUGAGUACAUGCCUAAUGGUAGCUUGGGCGAUUUGUUGCAUUGCAGUAAAAGUGGUUUGCUGGAUUGGCCGACGAGGUACAAGAUCAUUGUUGAUGCAGCCGAGGGGCUUUCUUAUUUGCAUCAUGAUUGUGUUCCCCCAAUCGUGCAUAGGGAUGUCAAGUCGAACAAUAUCUUGCUGGAUAGGGAUUUUGGUGCUAGAGUUGCCGAUUUUGGAGUUGCCAAGGUGGUUGAUACAGCUCGAAAGGGUGCUAAAUCGAUGUCUGUCAUCGCUGGUUCUUGUGGUUACAUUGCUCCAGAGUAUGCAUAUACACUAAGUGUGAACGAGAAGAGUGACAUAUACAGUUUCGGCGUGGUUGUACUCGAGUUGGUGACAGGAAGACUCCCGAUUGACCCGGAGUAUGGGGAGAAGGACCUGAUAAGAUGGGUCUGCACCACUCUAGACCAGAGAGGAGUGGACCAUGUUCUUGAUUCCAAACUCGAUCCUUGUUUCAGAGAUGAAAUAUACAAGGUCCUUAACAUCGGCCUCCUUUGUACCAGCCCACUUCCAGUCAACCGCCCAUCAAUGAGAAGGGUGGUUAAAAUGCUCCAAGAAGCCGGUGCUGAGAACCAGCAAAAAACUGCUGCCAAGGACGGGAAAUUUAAUCCUCAUUACUACGAAGAGGGCUCGGAUCAAGGAAGUGUAGCAUGAGAAGAAAAACAAGGUUAUGCGCAUAGCUUAAUUUAUUGCAUAAACAAAGACGAGUGGAUAGGAUUGUUGUGUGACAUACGCCUCUCAAAUUUUGGUCUCCAAUCAUUGUACCCACUUGAUGUUUUGCUUUGAGAGAUAAAGAGCAGGGGCAGAUUUAUUAAGGAAUUUAAAAGUAGUGUGUAAAUUUAUUUAAAGGGCAUGGGGUGACAUUUGAAUCACAAACUACCUUAAU